CUCCGAUUCAACAUCAUGCGGCCUUUGACAGAGGAAGAGAGCAAAGCGGUUUUUACCAAACUGGCCAACUACAUCGGGAAGAAUCUUGUUCAUCUCAUCGACAGACCGGACGAACCAUAUUGCUUUAGGCUCCAGAAGGACCGUGUAUACUAUGUCUCCGAGUCUUCAAUGCGUCUGGGAAUAUCUGUCUCUCGACCAAAUCUCGUCAGCCUUGGAACAUGUUUUGGCAAAUUCAGCAAAAGUGGCAAGUUCAAGCUGCACAUCACCGCCCUUGACUACCUUGCACAAUACGCUAAGUAUAAGGUUUGGAUCAAACCCAAUGGCGAGAUGCCGUUCUUGUACGGUAAUCAUGUUGCAAAGGCACACUUGGGUCGAAUCACGGAGGAUACGCCAGAGCACCAGGGAGUGGUUGUCUACAGUAUGAAUGACAUACCAUUAGGGUUUGGUGUCACGGCACGGUCGACUGUAGAUACAAGAAAACUAGACCCUACAGCAUACAUUGUUUUCCAUCAAGCGGAUAUUGGGGAGUACCUGCGUGAUGAGGACACCUUGUUUUGAUUCUCGAGAGACGUAUUCCCUACGCUGGUCGGGACAUCCGAUGUCAUGGAACCCAAAGUACUACGACGUGCUCUGUUGUCCGGCAAUGGACAAGAGCACUUUACUGCUUUAUUUAUUUGUGGGACUGCCUUGCUUCUUGCACUCUGUAUAACAUCAGCUGGUCCAACGGUCCAACGCUUGUACUCAUAAACAUGAGCACUCUAC